AUGAAAUAUACAAUUUUAGUGACAUGUGCCGCUGUGUGUCUUUCCAACGCAAUUGUUUGUGUGGCUGAGCAAAGUUCAUUUUCCGAAUCGCAACGAAACGAAAUACGUGAUAUUUGUGCAACUCUUCCAAAAGGGUCUCCUGGACUAGAUGGACUUCCUGGACGUCCUGGACUAGAUGGACUUCCUGGAACUCCUGGAUUUCCUGGAACGUUUGGACUUUUGGGGCCCAUAGGGCCUCCAGGUGAACCAGGAUUGCCAGGGUAUAAUGGAGAGCCUGGGCAUCCAGGUAUUCCAGGCGAAAAAGGUGCUAAAGGAGAUCUAGGAAUCGCAGUCUAG